UUUUAAUCUCCGUAGCUUGACUAAAUGAUCUUCAUUUUCUGUCAACUGAAGAAUUAAAUUUUUUGAAAAAAAGUAUCUUCAUGGCGUCAGGCAGCGGGGAUCAGCAUUGGUACUUCUCGCAAGUCAAAGGCACAGCUGAUGAGGAAAUUGCUGAAGCCGAUGUCAUUUCCUGUGUUGAGUUCAACAGAGAUGGUGAGUUACUGGCCACUGGUGACAAGGGUGGGCGUGUUGUCAUUUUUCAACGGGACCCAGAAACAAAGAAUAGUGAAGACAAGUUAGCAGAAUAUAACGUCUAUACAACUUUUCAAAGCCAUGAACCAGAAUUUGACUAUUUAAAAAGUCUUGAAAUUGAAGAAAAAAUUAAUAAAAUUCAAUGGCUCCAACAUUCCAAUCCAGCACAUUAUCUCUUAUCUACAAAUGAUAAAACGAUUAAACUCUGGAAAGUAUCCGAACGUCGCAAACAGCCAGAAGGUGAGCUGAAUUUAAAAGAUGAACAGGGCGAACUGAAAGACCCCUCAACUAUUACGACAUUGCAUGUUCCUGUUUUUAGGAAUAUACCCACAAUGACGGUGGAGGCCAAUCCACGAAGGGUGUAUGCAAAUGCACAUGCAUACCACAUUAACUCAAUUUCGGUGAACAGUGACCAGGAGACAUUCGUGUCAGCUGAUGACUUGAGAAUCAAUUUGUGGCAUCUAGGCAUUACAAACCAGAGCUUCAAUAUUGUGGAUAUAAAGCCAGCAAACAUGGAAGAACUGACAGAAGUCAUCACAACAGCAUGUUUCCACCCCAUGGAAUGCAACAUUCUUGUGUACAGUAGCAGCAAGGGAACAUUGAGAUUGUGUGACCUUAGGUCACAGGCACUCUGUGACCAACAUGCCAAGCUGUAUGAAGAGCCAGAGGAUCCAGCCAACAGGAGUUUCUUCUCUGAAAUAAUUUCAAGUAUAUCAGAUGUCAAGUUCAGUCGUAGUGGCAACAACAUGGUCACGAGGGACUAUCUCACUGUCAAGGUUUGGGACCUUAGAAAUGAAUCGCGACCUGUGGAGACCUACCAGGUUCAUGAUUAUUUGCGAGCAAAACUCUGUGCCCUCUAUGAAAAUGACUGCAUAUUUGAUAAAUUUGAAGCUUGUUGGAGUCCAGAUGACAGAUGGUUGCUGACAGGCUCCUACAACAACUUCUUCAGGAUUUUUGACAGGGAAGGCAGCCACAAAGACUUGACCUUUGAGGCAUCCAGGGAUGUUUUUUCCAGUACCGGUGGUGCAGCAGGAAGCUCGAGUGCCGGAUGUCCACGAAGAAAGAGGGACGAGGUGGCUGUUGAAUCACUUGAUUUCAACAAAAAGAUUCUCCACGCUGCCUGGCAUCCUGCAGACAGUGUGGUCGCCAUCGCAGCUACCAAUAAUCUUUACAUAUACAAUGCCAAAGAUAAAUAA